GCGGGGCGGGGGUCCGGCCCGGGGUCCGGCCCGGAGGAUGGUAAAAUGACCCAGGGCAAGAAGAAGAAACGGGCCGCCAACCGCAGCAUCAUGCUGGCCAAGAAGAUCAUCAUUAAGGACGGGGGCACGCCUCAAGGUAUAGGUUCACCUAGCGUUUAUCAUGCGGUUAUAGUGAUCUUCUUGGAGUUUUUCGCAUGGGGAUUGUUGACAGCACCCACGUUAGUGGUGUUACACGAGACCUUUCCUAAGCAUACAUUUCUAAUGAAUGGACUCAUUCAAGGAGUAAAGGGGUUGUUGUCAUUCCUCAGUGCUCCUCUGAUUGGUGCUCUUUCAGACGUUUGGGGUCGGAAGUCUUUCUUGCUGCUAACAGUAUUUUUUACCUGUGCACCAAUUCCACUAAUGAAGAUCAGUCCGUGGUGGUACUUUGCCGUUAUCUCUGUAUCCGGAGUUUUCGCUGUAACUUUCUCCGUGGUAUUUGCAUAUGUGGCAGAUAUAACUCAAGAGCAUGAAAGAAGUAUGGCUUAUGGACUGGUUUCAGCGACAUUUGCCGCCAGCUUAGUAACGAGCCCUGCAAUCGGCGCCUACCUUGGGCGAGUGUAUGGGGACAGCUUGGUAGUGGUGUUAGCCACAGCAAUAGCUCUGUUGGAUAUCUGUUUUAUCCUUGUCGCUGUGCCCGAGUCAUUGCCUGAGAAGAUGAGGCCAGCAUCCUGGGGUGCACCUAUUUCCUGGGAACAAGCUGACCCCUUCGCAUCCUUAAAGAAAGUGGGACAAGAUUCCAUAGUGCUGCUAAUCUGCAUUACCGUGUUUCUUUCUUACCUUCCGGAGGCAGGCCAAUAUUCCAGCUUCUUCCUAUACCUCAGACAGAUAAUGGAAUUUUCACCUGAAAGCGUUGCAGCAUUUAUAGCAGUUCUUGGUAUCCUCUCCAUCAUUGCACAGACUAUUGUCUUGAGUUUACUUAUGAGGUCAAUUGGAAAUAAGAACACAAUUCUACUGGGUCUUGGAUUUCAAAUAUUGCAGCUGGCAUGGUAUGGCUUUGGCUCAGAACCUUGGAUGAUGUGGGCUGCGGGGGCUGUAGCAGCCAUGUCUAGUAUCACCUUCCCAGCUGUCAGCGCCCUGGUCUCACGGACAGCCGAUCCUGACCAACAGGGUGUUGUUCAAGGAAUGAUAACUGGAAUUCGAGGAUUGUGCAAUGGGUUAGGACCAGCUCUGUAUGGCUUUAUAUUCUACAUAUUUCACGUGGAACUGAAUGAACUCCCAAUAACAGAACCAGAUUUAGGGGCCAAUCCGAGUCCUCAUCACCACUCCCAGCAGAAUUCCAUCAUUCCCGGUCCCCCGUUCCUCUUCGGAGCCUGCUCUGUGCUUCUGGCUCUGCUCGUUGCCUUGUUUAUUCCAGAACACACCAAUUUAAAUGUGCGGUCCGGUAAUUGGAAAAAGCAUUGUGGCGGCAGUCACGGCCACCCCCACAGCCCCCAGGCCCCAGGUGAGGCCAAAGAACCUCUACUUCAGGAUACAAAUGUAUGACCAUAAGGGCCGGCGAGACUUUUAUAUCGGCUCUUAGGUCUUGGUUUCACUCCUGCAGUUUGGGAUGCACCUUCCAUUUCCAUCCAAAAUCUGAUUUCUUAAGAUUGCCUUAAGAAAUGUACCUGCAUGAAAUAUGAAGAAACCACACGAGGAACUUUCUCCAAAGACGUUAGAGUGGAAGGUUUUUUUAUUAUUAUUAUUUGUUUUUCAUAAAGAAACCUGUUUAGCGUUGUUCUUGCCACUAAACUGUUACUUUUUUAAAGCUUAGUUCUGGGAAAAAAAAUAUAUCGAGGGUGUUCCCUAUGCCCCCUAAACCAUUCCCUUUAAGGUGUUGAGCUUUAUUUCUAUUUAUGUGGAGUCUGAGAGACAGUUUAGGACCCCGUCAUUUUAAUGCUGUAAAAAUUGAUUCAAAGCCUUAAUGCAGAUGCACUUCAGUAAGGAGAAGGUCAAUUUGUUUGCAUUUUUAAAAAGCACUCUUGGUUUUGAAAAAUUUGUACUACUAAAAAUCAUGUUUUGAGCCGUGCAAAGCUAGCAGUGAAGUUUUGGGAGUUUGUUUGUUUGCUUUUAAAGAUGUCUAUUACUCUGGUCAGUUUGGGCACAGCCUAGCAACAGUAGAAUUUAAAAGGGUAGGUGUUCAGAGCCUCAAAAAUUUUAAAAUGUUGGCUCAAACUCUGCUUUCCAAAAGUAGCUUCUUAUAAUACCACUAUUAUUUUGAUAUUUGCUUAAUCAUAGACCUCAACACUUGAAUACAUUAACUGAAAAAUAUACCAUAAGCUGAUAGCCUUGAAAAUGUCAAUUUGCUAGAUACAUAUAUUCAUAAAAACUAUAUAUAAAAUAUAUAUAUAUAUCUCUGUAUAUAUCUAUGCAGCUAUAUAGAGAUAUAUAGAUAUGCCUUUCAGGACUGUCCUAGUAACACUUAGAGCUAAUGUUUGUCCUAAAUUUUCAGGACCCUAGAAGAGAGCUUUAUACAAAUUACUGAUGUGAAUUUCUCUAAAGUGUAUAUUUUUGUGUCCAGUUAUAUUAUUUAAAAAAGUGUUACUUUGUAUAAAUUGUGUAUAAAGUAUUGUAUAGUUUUAAAAUGGUUUCAUCUUGUCUGUGGUUACUGCUUAAUGCUUUUUUAACUAUUCACCUUGGUCGACAAAGAUAUGGAAAAAGUUGUAAAUAUUGUUAAUAAAGUUGAAUAUUUUAAUGAACUUUAA